AUGACCGCUUCAUCAAUGCUUUUACGACCAUCAAUGACAUUAACUCAGCCUGCAUUUUCAUCAAUUGAUCCAUUAACCAUUCGUAACAUCAUUGAUGAAGCAUUUCGCGUGAAAACAGAUAAACAGGGUCGCGUCACUCUAUCAACAAAACAAAUUGGCUAUGAAUUAUUUGUAAGCAGAUUCGAACCACAUCUUCUGAUUGAUGCUUUUACGGCAGUGAUUGAACAGUUUCCCAUUGUUGCAGCUGAAUGUCCGAAAUAUAACAGCUGGUGGACACCGAAAUUUUAUCAUUUAAUUUUUCUCAUUGCCCAGGCAUUCAUGAGCGUUAUAGCUUCAGAACGUCUGCCAAAUAAAACGAAAGAAAAAAGCCACAAACAAGAUUCAUUUUCAAAUUUCGUCUGUGUGAAUGUCACUAAUGAGCAACGAUGCAGAAUUCUAAGAGAUCUAGUGCCGCUGAAUUUCAGUUUCGACUCAAAUUUUUGGAGUUUAGUUGAUUAUGUGUUGAAUUUAAACAAAUAUCCAAGAGAUGUAAUAACAGUUAUUUCUAGCGCUGCAUCGGCAGGAAAAGCAAGUUUUACUGCUAUUGAUUACUGCAUUCGUAACAAAGUGAUUUCACGUUACUUUGAUGAUCCAGCAAUUUUAUACUCCGCUGCUCUUUUGGGUCCUCUACGUGCCAGUACUGUUGAAUUAUUUGCUGCAAAGCGAACUGAGCAAUUUCGACAGAAAUGCCGUGAUAUUCUGUUAGAAGUAGAGAAAUUGGUUAGUUCGCCGAAAGAAUGGGAGCGUGCAGUUGUUCAUUAUUUGGGAUCGGUAAAGCAAAAUGAUUCGAACGGCAGAGUUGUAGCAUAUGCAUACGUCGGAUUUCAUGAUUCAUUUUCAACACUGAUGAGAGAUUUGAGAGGAAUACCGCCAACAGAUGAUCGAAUUAACAUUAGAUGGGCUCACCAUUUAGUAAAGAAGUGUGCUGCGAAGUAUUAUUGUGAGAAAACUUGGAAGAUUGAAAACUUGAAUGAAGUGAUUUGGACAAUAUUGGCACAGAGACCGUCCAUGAAAAAAUUUGUCGUGCAAACACUCAGCAAAGACUUUAAGGAUCCUCAGGGUGCAGAAAUGUGGCAAAAUUGCAAAAUACCGGCCAAUGGAAGAAAAUAUAUGGCUCAUAAAAGUGAAGAGGAACACUUGGAUCCGCGUACGCCGAAUCCACCAUAUUUAAGCAUACCGGAAUCAGUAGAAGGAAUCGAAUUUGUACGGCAUCCAUCACAUUUGAGGCGUGUUGCCAAUCUAUUGGAAGAUUAUGCAAAUGAUAGCUUUCCACCGGUCGGUGUAGAUGCGGAAUGGUCUUCUUAUGUUUCCUACAGCAAAGCAACUAUUCUACAGCUGGCUAUUCCAUAUCAUGUAUUUAUAAUAGACAUUGAUAAAAUCAAACCUAAUAUAUUAGUAAAUUUUUUCGAAAAACUAUUCGUUGAGUGGAAGCUUUUAAAAAUAGGUUAUCAGUUUGAUGAAGAUCUUAUUCAAUUGCGAAGUGCGGUACAACAUUGUUCAGCUUUAUAUCAUCCAAAAAAUUUAAUAUGUAUUGGCAAACUUGUUAAAUCGUUAAUGAAAGAAAGUGCGGAAAGACCAGAGAUAAACUUGGAUGGAGUUUUUCAUCUGGGAAAAAUACAAACAAAUGAAAGAUCUGUAGAAGAAAUAAGAAAUGAUAUCAUUACGUCUGAUGAAAUGGAUGAGAGUGCAUGGACUCACGUAACAGAUUGUAAAGAGGAUGUGGAAGCAAAGAUGAACCUUGUUUCGAUUGAUAUAUCCCAAGUAGUGAAUAAAUCUGAUAGCGUAGCAUCAACAACAACAGAAGAAAUAGAGGAAGUGAAGAAGUUAGUUACGUCAGAACAAAAACAGGAGAGGGACAACAUGGGAAAUAGUGAAGAAAAUCCAUUAUUGAAGGAAAUCAGAGGAUUGUCAGCAUUGUGCGAACGAGUGUUAGGUAAACCAUUGGACAAAACAGAGCAGUGUUCUGUUUGGGAUCGGCGUCCACUUCGUGAUUUGCAGUUACGAUAUGCAGCAUUAGAUGCUUAUUGUAUGCUGAUGUUAUAUGAGAAGUGCGUUGAUUGGGCAUCUCGACUUGAUCGCAGUAUAAAUGAAAUUUGCUCAAAGCAAGAACCUCACACUGGAACGCUACCACUUUUUUGUGACAUAUAA